GCUCUGAAAUGUAACAAACAAAAAAACUGAAACGCUCGCGAAGUUAACGUCCCUUUCUUUCCAAAACCAAACGGCUCUCUUAUUUCCAUAUAUCCAUCUUCAUCGACUAUUAUUCUUCUACUAUUCAUUUCCCUCUCAAAAAUUCAUCAAUCACACCCCCCAAAACCACUUCAAAAUCCUAGGGUUUGUUCGUUCGAACCAUUUUAUCAAUUCACAGAAACUCCACCAACUUCUCACCUGAAAAAUCACUCUUCCUUCACCGAUUCCGGACCGCUAAAGUUCAGUGACUACGUCGCUUAAUCAGACAAUUCAUUCAACAUAUAUAUUUACCCAUUUCAGCUUUUGCAUAUGGAAACAACAUGUGGAUCUCUUCUAUCUGAGCUACAGAAAAUAUGGGAUGAAGUUGGCGAGCCAGUGAGAGAAAAGGACAAAAUGCUUCUUGAACUUGAACAAGAGUGCUUGGAGGCAUAUAGAAGAAAAGUGGAUCAGGCAAACCAGAGUAGAGCUCAGCUGCGAAAGGCAGUUGCUGACUCUGAAUCAGAACUUGCAUACAUCUGUUCUGUAAUGGGUGAGCGACCAUUACAUACAAAGCAGUGUGCUGGAAGCCUGAAGAAAGAGCUUGAAGCUGUUAUGCCUCUACUAGAGGAGAUGCGGAAGAAAAAACUUGAGAGGAGGAGUCAGUUUGUUGAAGUUUUAGAUAAAAUAAAGAAUAUCUCAAAGGAGAUGUGUAUAUCAUUGGAAGAUAAUCGAUGCAUGGCAGUCAUCAACGAGAAUGAUCUGUCUUUGAAAAGACUAGAAGAAUUACACAUUCAGUUGCAUGCUCUCCAAAAGGAGAAGAGUGACCGCCUGAAGCAGGUGCUGGACCAUUUGAAUACUCUGAAUUCACUAUGUGUGGUGCUUGGUGUGGAUUUCAGGCAAACAGUUAGUGAGAUUCAUCCCUCUCUGGAUGAUUCCAUUGGCACAAAAAACGUAAGUACUAAAACAAUGGAAAGGUUAUCCACUACAAUCCAAAGGUUGCUACAGGUCAAGAUUCAGAGAUUGCAACAGGUUCAAGAUCUUGGGACUACUAUGGUGGAACUUUGGAGCCUGAUGGAUACCCCAGUUGAGGAGCAACUAAUGUUUCAGAAUGUCACAAAGAAAAUAGCUGUUUCAGAAAAUGAAAUUACUGAGCCCAACUCUCUCUCUUUGGAUUUCAUCAAUUAUGCUGAAGCAGAAGUCUCAAGGCUGAAACAGAUGAAAUCAAGCAAAAUAAAGGAGGUUAUUUUGAAAAAGAGGUCGGAUCUCGAGGAGUUGUGCAGGAAAGCACACAUGGUUGCAGAAGCACAUGAUGCAGUGGAUUAUUCAGUUGAAGCUAUAGAGUCGGGAAUCGUGGACCCCUCAUAUGUACUGGAUCAUAUUGAGCUGCAGAUCUCAAAGGUUAAAGAGGAAGCAUUUAGUAGGAAAGACAUACUCGACAAGGUUGAGAAGUGGUUGGCUGCACGUGAAGAAGAGUGCUGGCUAGAGGAGUUCAACAGGGAUGAUAACCGGUUUAAUUCAGGACGAGGUACUCAUCUUAUUUUGAAGCGCGCUGAGAAAGCUCGUGCUGUGGUUAACAAAAUUCCUGCAAUGGUGGAGGCAUUGACUUCAAAAGCCACAGCUUGGGAGAGAGAAAGAGGAGUAGAGUUCUCAUACGAUGGUGUUCAUCUUCUUUCUAUGCUUGAAAAUUACACCAUCUUAAAGCAAGAGAAAGAGCAGGAACGUCAAAGGGAGAGAGACCAGAAGAAGCUCGAGGGGCAGUUGCUAGCAGAACAAGAAGUGCUUUUUGGAUCAAAACCAAGUCCAACAAAGAGUGGAAAGAAGGUUUCUUCUACAUCUUCCUCUGGAGGUGCAAGCAGCAGAAGAUUAUCACUUGGAAGGGUAAUGCUUCGAACCCUAAAUUCUGAGAAAACUGCUCAUUCUUCUCGUCUGAUCAAGAAGACUAACUCUGUGAAGCAGCACAAGUCCCGAAACAACCACCGAAGUGGUAGCUCUGCAGACUUGUCUUCUGGCAAGAAAAUCCCAGACACGGGUGGUCUUCAAGCGAAGCAACUGACCUACAAUGCAUCAAAUGCACUUGAAAUAAAAUCACCGUUGAUCCGGAAGCCCCUCUCGCCAGUAAAUUCUGCAUUAUUGUCCAACACUGGUAAUUUUCAAGGCCAAAACACAACAGAAAAUGCAGCAGCGUCUCAAAAGACUCUUCCUACUAACAAAACACCAGUGUCAAGUCCGGCCAAGAUUGUGUCUGCUGUUGAUGAUGAGAAUAAAACCCCGAGGACAGUACCGGUCCCACUGCCAGCUACUCCGCCGACGGUGUCAGUUGCUAUGCAGAUGGUCGCAACCCCGGUGACGCCAUCUGUCCCUUGUCGUGUUAAAGAUGUUGAGUACUCUUUUGAGGAGAGAAGAGCCAGUUUUGUCCUUCCCACAUCAUAUUUGAAGUCAUUGCUGCCACUUUGACUCCGAAACGAAUCAAAAAACAAUCUUGCUUGAUGCACAUAAGCAACCUAUUGGAAUUUUACCCACCCCUCUCACAUGUUGGUGGGUCUCAUAAUAUUUUUUGUUUUUCUAAUAAGUCGGAUUCCUAUCAGCUUGAAUGGUAUGGUAUUCAGACCUUUGACAAAGUACAAUUUGCUCCUACUGCCACUCUAGGGGGGGAGAAAUCCUAUUUUUUGCAAUGAGUCAUGUUAAUUUUUACUUUAAAAA